UUGACGAUGUCUUACCGUACGCCAGAACUAGGGAGGUUCCAGAUUAAGAGUUUCCUGUGGUGAAUUUCAUACAUCCGGACUGGUCUAAAACCCGAGACACCGGUAGAACUUUAAUAGCCGAUAAACAACCGAGUCGCCAUUUUGUUACGAAGUGAUGGUGGAUUACUCAUAGAAAGGUUAUCAACUCACUCGGGCGACGAAAGGAACAUAUUUGGGCGUUGGUCCUGCCCUCCUGAAAAGUGAAUUAAUAAACGUCAUUGUAAUCAAGACGAUCAAACGCUAGGUUGUCGGCGAGCGGAGAUGGGCGAUACCCUCUUUUGUUUUACAUGCUGUAUAACAGAACAACCUCAGCCAAAGCGACGACGUAGGAUAGACCCCAGUAUGAUAGGACAGCCAACAGACUUCCGUCACACCGGGCACAUUGGGUCACGUGACAUCGGCAAUGGAGUAUCAUCCUCCAACAGCACGAUGGGUGAAGUACAAUCACAGAUGUCAUCUAAAGGUGGCUAUGACCAUGUGUCACCAGUAAACGUACAUCUCAAUGUGAUAGACUUGCCCCACAAACACAAUGGCACUGAGCUGCUGAGUUAGUAUGCAGACAGAGAGAGAGAUUUUAGCUAUAUUCAUUAUAAGUGUAUAUAAUAUUGGACGAUCUGUCUUCGCCUGUUUACUGUAAAUAAUUGUUGAUCUGUUGAGAUGGAAUGAUAGAGACAACACUGAGAAAGAAAGAAACCUUGUUGAGGAUGGAGAGAAGAAAAGAAAGAGACCAUGAUGAGGAUGAUAGUGGUUGACAGAGGCCAAGGUGACAUUGAUGGGACGAACAGUGAAUUUGAUAUUGAAAAAAUUGGAGGAUGAGUAUUCAUAAAAGAAUGAAUAUAACUUUUAAAAAGAAGGCGAACUCCACAGGAUCAGAAUCAGGAAAUUCUCAUAGUACAAGGAUUUACACAGGAAGAUUUGAUGGUGUUGGAUACAGGAAGUGUUCAGUACUUAAGGAUUCAAAGAUGGUAAAUACAGGAAACCUUUAUUAUUCGAGGACUCUUUUAUCAUAGAUAUAAGCCCACUACUUGUGAUUAUCUAUGUUCACAAGGAAAUCACCACAUCACUGGCCGAGCUAACUGGCAGGAAAUCUUUAAUAGUAUUAGUAUGUGAUCAUGGUGCCCUGUGUUCCUGAAGUUUUCAAUAAAAGUUAUUCUAAAUCGUAGCCAUCUAAUAAAUUCAUAAUCAAGUCUUUAAUGAUGUCAAGAAAAUUUAGAUCAUUUGAUUGGUAUGUCAGAAAUUUCAGGUUAUUCACAGAAGAGUAGUUCUUAAGUCUGAUGUCAGUAAAGUCAGGGGUCAGUAAAGUCAGGGGUCAAUAAAGUCAGGUGGCAGAAAAAACAGGUGUCAAUAAAAUUAAGUGUUGGUAAAGUCAGGGGUCAGUAAAGUCAGGGGUCAGUAAGAGCAAGUUUGACUGGUAAUUAAUCUCACCAUUCUCUAUUUAUUUUGGAAUAUGUCCAUGAGUCCAACACAUUGCUCCUGACUUUAAAUCAGGGGGUGGAUUAAUAACAGGAUAAUAUCAUUAAAUUGAUUAGUAAUUUUAUGUAACAGCAAUAUAUAUGGUUUGGGGUUAUUACCAGGUUUGGGGUUAUUACCAGACAUAGGCUUAUUGCCAUACCUGGGCUUAUUACCAGACUUGUGGUUAUUGAUAUCGUUUAUAAUAGAUUUGGCAAGUAUUUAAUCCUACAUACAUGUAGAACCUUAAUAGAUUUCAAAACAUCUUUAACGUCAGAUUUCAGUAAGGACAGAUUUGACAAACAUUAAAUAAUCUCAGAUCACAUACAUAUUUUGCCUGAAUGUUUUAAGCGUUGUCCUGAAAUUAAUUAUAAUACUCCUUUAAUGAUAAAUGCAGGUUUGACUUUAGAAAUUGAUGUACUGUAAUCAUACUAAAGUUGGCAUAAUAAAAUUUAGAACGAUGAUAAAUUCACACAUCCACAGUCAAUUUUUUAUAUCAACAAAUACAGAUACUGCAGUUACUGCAGUCAUGUCUUAGCCCAAUACAUUAGAGCAACUCGCACUAAAAUACGAUAACCAGUAAAAUAUCUACAGUAUAUGCAGUUGUGUUUUUCUGUAUUAACAGAUUUGGUUUGAAGGUAUACAGACAGGUUAUUACACAUUUUGAAUAUCUUGUAAUAAUUAUUAUCAAAAUUUGAUUAUAAUUGCUGAUGGAAUUUGAAUCAACAGAUUUUUUCUGCCAGAAGCAGAUAAAUUUUUAGUUCUUUGUCAUGUAUCCAAUGUUUAUUCAUCCUUGAGAUUUUUCUCAUCUUCCAUUCCUGAAAAAAAAUUCAAUCUACCUUGAUUUGUAUGAGGAGAAAUUUGUCUAUUUUUGUGGAUGCUUUCAAGUAUUUAUUGCAAGUUUUUAGUCGAGAGAGAACUUUUACCAAACUAUAUAUAUGUUGUAUGUAUAACAUUAUCUAGGUGAGAAAAAAUCCCAUUUCUAUAUAUACAAAGUAUAUGUAAGGAGGACUAUCAUGUUGAUAGAAAUUGUUAAAUUGUUUAUUUAGAUUUGAUAUUUAGUAGAUUUUAUCAUGUACC